AUGCCUGAGCCUCGCCAACUGAAAAUUGUUUGCAUUGGCGCCGGGUAUGUCGGUGGCCCGACGAUGGCAAUUAUCGCCAAGCAGUGCCCAGACUUCACUGUGUAUGUGAUGGACAUCUCUGAGGAGAGGAUCGCUGCGUGGAAUGCCCCCAUCUCUUCCCCAGGGGAAAAUUCAGGACUGCCCAUCUACGAGCCUGGGCUGGCCGAAAUUGUGUACGAAGUACGCGACAAGAAUCUUUUUUUUACCUGCGACAGGAACUGCAUGAAGGGGGCUGAUGUGAUCUUUGUGGCGGUUAAUACCCCAACGAAGGAGAAUGGCGUCGGUGAGGGGUUUGCUGCGGAUCUCACGUACGUCGAAAAUUGUGCACGUCUCAUUGGGGAGACCGUUGUCGAGGGUCAUUACGUCGUGGUUGAGAAGUCCACAGUGCCGGUGCGUUGCAGCAUUUCCAUUCGCCGCAUCCUCAGCGCCCACAGGAAGAGCGACAAGGUUUCCUUCUCCAUCAUCAGCAACCCGGAGUUUCUCGCGGAGGGGACGGCAGUCCGGGACCUUCUGGAACCCGACCGUGUACUCAUCGGCGGCGAUGACGAGGCGUCCAUUGAACUGAUCUCCUCCAUCUACGAGCGAUGGGUGGACAAGUCGCGUAUUAUUUGCACAAAUUUGUGGUCCAGCGAACUUUCCAAACUCGUUGCGAACGCGUUUCUGGCUCAGCGCAUCUCUUCUAUCAACUCCAUCACGCCGCUGUGUGAGAUGACAGGGGCCGAAAUUACGGAGGUGCGCCAGGCUGUCGGCGGCGAUAGACGCAUUGGAGAUCUUUUUCUUAACCCAUCGGUUGGUUUUGGUGGCUCAUGCUUUCAGAAGGAUAUUCUUAACCUUGUGUAUUUGUGCCAGUCACUCUCCCUCAACGAGACGGCGGAGUAUUGGUCGCAGGUUGUAAAGAUGAACAACUACCAGAAGGAACGAUUUUACCACAAGAUUGUCAAGAACUCUUUUGGCACCGUUCGAACAAAAACCAUGGCCAUCAUGGGCUUUGCCUUCAAGAAGGACACCGGGGACACACGUGAAAGCGCUUCCAUUUACAUUUGUGCGCGACUGCUGGAGGAGGGCGCCAUGCUGCGCAUUUACGACCCCAAAAUAAAGAGGGAGCGGGUGAUAAUGGAGCUCGAGAACUUCUUUAAUACGGAACACCUGCUUAAAAGCUGCACGUACGAUCGAUUAAAGAGAGAUGCGGUGACGCACAGUAGAGAAAGUGUUGAGAAUAUGUUGAAGAAUGUAGUGGUUGUUGAUUCUGCCCUGGAGGCGUCCAUAAAUGCAAGCGCAAUUGUUAUUUUGACGGAAUGGAGCGAGUUUACGACGAUGGACUACGCGAGGCUCUAUGAGGUGAUGAAGAAGCCUGCGAUGGUCUUUGACGGCCGUCUUGUCGUCGAUGAGAAGAAACUGAUGUCAAUUGGGUUUGAAGUGUACGCCAUUGGCAAGCCGCAGGUAUCCAGUCGCGACAGUUUCAUUUGA